CCUCGCCCUGAGCCAGGGGGCGGCCAUCAGCAACGACCUCAAGUCCAUCCGCAGCCAGGAGCGCGCGCAGCUGCAGGACCUCAACGACCGCUUCGCCUGCUUCAUCGAGCGCGUGCACGAGCUGGAGCAGCAGAACAAGGUGCUGGAGGCCGAGCUGCUGGUGCUGCGCCAGAAGCACGCGGAGCCGUCGCGCUUCCGCGCGCUCUACGAGCAGGAGAUCCGCGAGCUGCGCCUGGCCGCCGAGGAGGCGACGAGCGAGAAGCAGGCGCUGCCGGGCGAGCGGGCGCAGGCCGAGCUGGAGAAGCGCGUGGACAGCCUGCUGGACGAGCUGGCCUUCCUCAAGAAGGUGCACGAGGAGGAGCUGGCCGAGCUGCAGGCGCAGAUCCAGUACGCGCACCUCUCCGUGGAGAUGGACGUGUCGGCCAAGCCCGACCUGUCCGCGGCGCUGCGCGACAUCCGCGCGCAGUACGAGAAGCUGGCGGCGCGCAACAUGCAGAACGCCGAGGAGUGGUUCCGCAGCCGCUUCACGGUGCUCAGCGAGAGCGCCGCCAAGAACACGGACGCCGUGCGCGCCGCCAAGGACGAGGUGUCCGAGAGCCGCCGCCUGCUCAAGGCCAAGACGCUGGAGAUCGAGGCCACCCGCGGCAUGAACGAGGCGCUGGAGAAGCAGCUGCAGGAGCUCGAGGAGAAGCAGAGCGCCGACAUCUCCGCGCUGCAGGAUACCAUCAACAAACUGGAGAACGAGUUGAGGACCACGAAGAGUGAAAUGGCUCGGUACUUAAAGGAAUACCAGGAUCUGCUCAACGUGAAAAUGGCCCUGGACAUUGAAAUUGCAGCAUAUAGGAAGCUACUGGAGGGUGAAGAGACCCGACUCAGCUUCACUAGUGUUGGCAGCAUCACCAGUGGCUACACCCAGAGCGCCCCCAGUUUUGGCAGGUCUGCGUACAGCGGCCUCCAGACCAGCUCCUACCUGAUGACGACCCGCACCUUCCCCACGUACUACUCCAGUCAUGUCCAGGAAGAACAGAUUGAAAUAGAGGAAACAAUUGAGGCUGCUAAAGCAGGAGAAGCCAAAGCAGCUGCCCCUGCAGAAGAAGGGGAGGAGGAGGAGAAGGAGGAAGGUGAGGAAGAAGCAGGAGGUGAAGAGGCUGAAGAGGAGGAGGAAGGUGCCAAGGAAGAAUCAGAAGAAGCCAAAGAGGGUGAGGAAGAAGAAGGAGGAGAAGAGGAAGAAACAGCAGCUGAAGAAGGAGAGGAGUCCCAAGAAACUGCUGAGGAAGCUGGUGAGGAAGAGAAGGAAGAGAAACAAGCAGCAGGAAAGGAAGAGAGUGAAGUGAAGAAGAAGGCUUGAUUUAGAUGGUUCACUUUUCUCAUCAAGUUAACAGAGUAACUGAUAAUUGACUGAGCUAAAAUUGCAGUCCCACAUAUUUAAUUGUGACCACUGAAGUUUAAUGUUCUAUGAUGUUUCUCUCCAUGCAGAGUAUCAGUUUGCUUGCAGAGCGCCCACUGGCUUGCUCCCUGAAUGCUGCAUGGUCUACACGUAUGAUUUCAGGAGCUGUCCCACUUGGGUCAUUCAGAAUCUUUAACUUAAAAAA